AUGAGGUCGUUUCUCUCGAGCACAUCCCGGCCCCUUGCACCGUCGGGUGCAGUUCGAUCCACAGGAGGGUCACGUAUUGCGUCGCACUUUUACUCUACUGCUCCGUCUGAUAAACACAGGCCGCUACCUCUCGCUGGAGUUACUGUCGUCAGUCUGGAACAAGCUAUUGCCGCGCCAUUUUGCACCCGACAACUUGCCGAUCUUGGUGCUCGAGUCAUCAAGGUUGAACGACCAGUUGUUGGAGACUUCGCACGCCAAUAUGACACCCGAGUUCGUGGACUCGCAUCGCAUUUUAUCUGGACAAAUCGCUCCAAGGAGAGUUUGGCACUGGAUCUGAAACAGAAAAAAGAUCACGCCGUCCUAAUGAAGCUCCUCGCAAAGGCCGAUGUUCUCGUGCAGAAUUUGGCCCCUGGUGCUAGUGCGCGAUUGGGGCUUUCCUACAAAGCGUUGAAGGAAAAGCACCCGAGUUUGAUUGUGUGCGAUAUCUCUGGAUAUGGACAAGAUGGUCCAUAUCGCGACAAGAAAGCCUACGACCUUCUCAUUCAGAGCGAGGCCGGAAUGCUGUCGGUCACAGGCACUGGAAAGGAGCCGGCGAAAGUCGGUAUUUCCAUCGCCGAUAUUUCCGCCGGAAUGUACGCCUAUAGCAACAUUCUCUCCGCACUACUGCAGCGGGGUAAAGAUGGCCAGGGCUGUCAGAUUGAUAUCUCCAUGCUGGAGAGUAUGGUGGAGUGGAUGGGCUUUCCCAUGUACUAUGCAUUCGACGAUGCCCCUGGUCCAGUACCAGCAGGUGCCUCUCAUGCGGCUAUCUACCCAUAUGGGCCUUUCGAAGCUGGCGAUGGACAGUCGGUUAUGUUGGGUAUUCAAAAUGAGCGAGAAUGGGUCAAUUUCUGCAACGACGUCCUUUGCCAGUCGGACCUAGCUGCCGAUCCCAGAUUCUCCAGUAAUUCACUGCGAACUCAAAAUCGUGACGAGCUGAAGUCCAUCAUCCAUGAUGUCUUCUCGAAGUUUACAACGGAAGAAACGAUCGCUCGCUUGGACAAAGCUUCUAUCGCCAAUGCUAGUGUCAAUGACAUGAAAAAUGUCUGGAACCAUGCCCAACUUCAAGCGAGGGAUCGAUGGACCAAAAUACAAACUCCCAUUGGGGCGGUUCCAGCCCUCCUACCACCUGGAUCCACCAAAUCAGUCGAGAAGGGUGGAUAUGGCGCUCAGAUGGGCUCAGUUCCACAAGUUGGAGAACACAAUGAGGCCAUACUUGCGGAGUUAGAUCUAUUAGAUUGA